UUAACAUAACCUAGAAAGUGCACGUGUUUACAGUUGUUGACGUGCUAUGUCUUUCUCUUAAUUCUUUAUUAUUACUUUCCUUCUUAUAAAAUACACAAUUAAUUACAAAAAUGGGCAAAAAGUCAAAAAUUGGAAAGCAGCGAAGGGAUAAGUAUUAUCAGUUAGCCAAAGAAACUGGUUACAGAUCUCGAGCUGCCUUCAAAUUAAUACAAUUAAAUCGUCGAUUUGAAUUUCUACAAAAAUCGAGAGUAUGCAUCGAUUUGUGUGCCGCACCAGGAGGAUGGAUGCAGGUGGCACAGCAAAAUAUGCCAGUGUCGUCAAUUGUAAUUGGUGUCGAUUUAUUUCCAAUAAAACCAGUUCCCGGUUGUAUCAGUGUCAAGGAGGACAUCACUUCGGAAAAAUGUCGAGUUGCACUGACACGGGAAUUAAAAACAUGGAAAGCAGAUGUAGUUUUAAAUGACGGUGCACCAAAUGUUGGAAAAAAUUGGCUUCACGAUGCAUAUCAACAAUCAGUCCUGACAUUGGCGGCUUUAAAACUUGCCUCACAAUUUUUACGACCCGGAGGUUGGUUUGUCACAAAAAUCUUUCGAUCCAAAGAUUAUCAUCCACUUAUGUUUGUACUCAAAGAAUUGUUCAAAAAGGUUCACGCUACAAAACCCCAAGCAUCACGUAAUGAAUCCGCUGAGAUUUUCGUUGUCUGUCAACAUUUCAUUGCACCCGACAAACUUGAUCCGAAAUUCUUCGAUCCAAAACACGUUUUCUCUGAACUCGAGAUUGAUUCAGCGAAUAAAUUGAAUUUCUUUCAUCCUGAGAAGCAAAAGCGACCGAAAGCCGAGGGUUAUCCAGAGAAUGAUUACACAUUAUAUCACAAAUUGUCCGUCAAAGACUUUGUCACUAGUGAAAGUGGCGUCGAAGCUUUACAAAAUGCGUCAGAAAUUGUUCUUGACGAUGAGAGGAUAGCGAAACACGAGAGAACGACAGCCGAAAUCAGAGAAUGUUGCAAAGACAUUAAAGUUUUGGGAAGAAAGGAAUUGCGUCUAUUGCUCUCGUGGUGGAAACACAUGAAGGAAUUGAACAAAGAAAAUGCUGACGGCGAUAAAGACAAGGAAGAAACUGUAAUAGCACCAAUAACACAGGAAGAAGAGGAGGAUUUGGAAGAUGAAAAAAUUCGUGAGGAAAUUGAUAAAAUAAAAGAAGACGAACUUCGUGAAUUAAAGCGAAAGAAGAAAAAGGCGAGUAAAGAGAGACAGAAAUUAAAUGAAAAACUCAAUUUAAAAAUGGUUUUGAAAGGUGACGAGGGACCAGUUUUAGAAGGUGAUGAUAUGUUCACCUUAAAGGAAAUAAAAACAAUGGAUCAUUUAAAAACCAUAAGCGAUCAAACGCCAGAUGUUGUCGCCGAAAGUGACGACGAUGAAGAGCAAGCGAUAAUGCCGAAAAAAAUGAAAUAUGACAAAGAAGAUGGUCACUUGGACAGUUCCGGUCUUUAUUAUAAAGACGAAAGUAGUGAUCUCGAUUCUUCCGAAGCCGAAGAAUCCGAUAGCGAUAAAUCCGGAUUAGGACUCAGUGACUCAGAAGAAGAAACAAAGACAAGAAAAAAUCUUAAAAAGAAGAAGGAGAAACCGAUAAUCGACUCAGAAAACAAUCCCCUGAUUACCGACUUAGAUCAUCGGGAUAAAAAAUCAAAACGUAAUCAAAAAGCCCAAUUAUGGUUUGAAAAGGACAUUUUCAAGAAUUUAGAAGACGAAAAGGACGAGGAUUACGAGUUGGACAAAAUGGUUGAAGCUUUAGAGGAAAAGGGUGGAGCUAUUAUAAAAAAGGAGAAUACUAAGAAAAAUUUGAAGAGUACAAAAAGAAAGGAAAGUGAGGAUGAAAAUUCCGAUUACGAUAUGGAGGAAAUGAUGUCACCAACGAAGAAAGUGAAAAAAGUUGGUGGAAAAGAUGGUUAUGAGGUUGUUGCUAAAGAAAGUAAGGAGAAAAUAAAAAAACGAAAAUUGACUGAAGAGGAUUUGGCGCUUGGUUCCUUGAUGAUUGGUAGCAAAAAAUCGCGACGUGAUUUAAUUGAUGGUGCAUGGAAUCGAUAUAUGUUCAAUGAUGACAAUUUGCCAGAUUGGUUCCGAGAAGACGAGGAAAAACACAUGAAGAAGGAAGCACCCGUUCCAAAGGAGCUUGCCGACGAAUAUAAAAAGAGAGUUGAGGAGCUCAAUGUUCGACCCAUCAAAAAAGUUCUCGAAGCCAAAGCAAGAAAGAAGAAGCGAGCAGUUCGAAAAUUAGAAAAGGCGAAGAAAAAGGUCGAGGCCAUUAUGGAUAAUGUGGACAUCAGCGAUCGGGAAAAGGCUAAACAAGUCACAGCACUUUACAAGAAAGCCCAAAAGGAGCCGAAAAAGGAAGUGACAUACGUCGUUGCCAAGAAAUACAUGGCCCAGAAACGAGCUAUUAGACCAUCUGGAGUGAAAGGUCGUUACAAGGUUGUAGAUCCCAGAAUGAAAAAGGAUUUACGAGCAGCAAAGGCAAAGGAAAAGACGAAAGGUCGUGGAAAGAAAAGUCGUGGUGGCAAACCACUCAGGACAAACGCCAAAGCUCCAAAAGGCAAAAGAACUAAAAACUAAAUUUUUCACACAUUUCUUUCGAUUUUUUUCAUUUCAACGAAAAAAAAAAAUUUGAAAACGAAUUUUAAUUUUAUAAUUAAAACUAAAAUAUUUAGAAUUUCAUUAAAUUCUAAUU